GUGGCUAUGCAGGUUCCUUGACUACGGCAUCCCUGAAGCAGUACAGCUCACUCGUGUCCAUACAAGGCAGGCUGCAUUCCUGUCGGCAGUGCACCUAUGUGACCCAGCACAAGGGAAUAAUGAAAACACACCUUAGCAGACACACGGCUGAGUGCCCCUUCCAGUGCCACCUGUGUCCGGUGGCAUUUACUCGGAGCGACAGUCUCAAAGGGCACAUUCGGACCCAUACAGGAGUGCAUCCAUUUUCCUGCGUACACUGCAGUGCAUCUUUUUCGCUGAAAGGCAACCUCGUGAGGCAAUUGCGCACCCACACAGGAGAGCGUCCCUUUUCCUGUGACCACUGCAAUGCAUCCUUUUCGUUAAAAAGCAGCCUUGUGAGGCACAUGCGCACCCACACAGGAGAGCGUCCCUUUUCCUGUGACCACUGCAGUGCAUCCUUUUCACUGAAAGGCAACCUCGUGACACACAUGCGCACCCACACAGGAGAGCGUCCCUUUUCCUGUGACCACUGCAAUGUAUCCUUUUCAGUGAAAAGGAAGCUGACGGAACACUUGCGCACCCACACUGGAGAGCGUCCCUUUCCAUGUGACCACUGCAAUGCAUCCUUUUCGUUAAAAAGCAGCCUUGUGAAGCACAUGCGCACCCACACUGGAGAGCGUCCCUUUUCCUGUGACCACUGCAAUGCAUCCUUUUCGGAUAAAAGCAACCUUGUGACACACAUGCGCACCCACACAGGAGAGCGUCCCUUUUCCUGUGACCACUGCAGUGCAUCCUUUUCACUGAAAGGCAACCUCGUGACACACAUGCGCACCCAUACAGGAGAGCGUCCCUUUUCCUGUGACCACUGCAAUGCAUCCUUUUCACUGAAAAGCACUCUAAUGGAACACCUGCGCACCCACAGUGGAGAGCGUCCCUUUUCAUGUGACCACUGCAAUGCAUCCUUUUCGUUUAGAAGCAACCUUGUGGUGCACAUGCGCACCCACACAGGAGAGCGUCCCUUUUCAUGUUACCACUGCAACGCAUCCUUUUCAGAAAGAUCCAACCUCAUGCGUCACAUUCGCACACACACAGGAGAGCGCCCCUAUUCCUGUGACAACUGCAGUGCAUCCUUCUCGCACAAACCCAACUUCACUCGCCACACCUCAAAGUGUCAUCCAAGCAAGGCACCCUAAAGGUUCCCUCUCAUCGGCAUCUCUGGAGCAGUACCAUUCUCUUGUGUCCGUACAAGGCCGACUGCAUUCCUGUCGGCAGUUGACCUGUGUGACCAAGAACAGCGGACAUAUGAAAAUGCACCUUCGCAGUUGCAUGAGCGAGCGCCCUUUCCAGUGCCACCUGUGUCUGGCUACUGUUCACUCGUGACUGUGAUCUCAAAAGCCACAUUCCCACCAACAUGGGGGAGGGUCCCUUUUCCUGUGUUCACUGCAAUGCAUGCUUUGCGCAGAAAAGUGCACUAAAAGUCCACAUGUGUCAUCAUCCUGCAGAGAAGCCCUGAAGGUCAGGAACAUGGACAAUAUUUUGUGUGUGUGGGUGAAAUAGCGGGUUCAUUGAUUGAUUACAUUUUUACAGCGAAUGAUAACUUCUAAAGUGCAUCAAAAGGUUUUUGGAUGGUUCAGAAAUUGUGUUUCUUACAGGAUAUUGUGUAGUGAGAGAUCUAUUGUUAAUUAAUAUUUCUCUCUGAGGGCCUUCAAAUGACUUUACAGCUAUGUCAUAAUGUUGAAUGUUUGGCUUACCUUGGAUGUGGAUUGCCUAAAAGUGCAUUUAUUACAUUGUAGCUUGCUUGAAGCCACAACAUUUAUAGGUGGUUAACAAGGAGACUUAAGAUAUACAUAUAUGUGCAAAUAGGGCCAGAGAACACUUUUCACACUCUUGAAAUUAUAUCAACAUACUGCACAUUCAAACUUAAGUUAGGUUCUUUGUUUUCAGGAGCAGAGGCAGUGGCAUUCCCACUGAGCUACUUCCCCUAAUACAACUUCACAAUCUAGAGAACACGGUAUUUCUGUAUAAAACCUCUUGAUUCCCAAAGCAAACCUUGUUUUCUGUGAUCUC